AUGACAAAUUUGAGAGAGCUUUACUUGGACACCAAUAGGUUGACUUCUAUGAUACCUGCUACCCUAUUGAGCAUGAAAGAUCUCCAAAUUCUCAAACUUUCAUCAAAUUUCUUAAGUGGAUCACUACCUCUAGAGAUCGGGAACCUCAAAGCAACGUACAGUUUGGAUCUCUCGUCUAAUCAAUUGUCAGGCAUCAUUCCUACUACAAUUGGGAUGCUGCAAGUUUUACAGAACCUUUCAUUGGCGAGAAAUAAUUUGCAGGGCUCCAUACCAGAAUCAUUUAGCCAUAUGGUCAGCUUGGAAUUCUUGGACCUUUCACACAAUAAUCUCUCUGGUGUGAUACCCAAGUCAAUGGAGGCACUCAAAUCUCUUAAGGAAUGCAAUGUUUCUUUUAAUAGAUUAAGUGGCGAAAUUCCUAGAGAUGGUCCCUUCAGAAACUUUACAGGUCAAUUGUUCAUGAACAAUGAAGGACUCUGUGGUGACCCAAGGCUUAGUGUUCCACCAUGUCAGAGUAAUUCAAUUAGAAGAUCAAGCAAAAGAAAGGUGCUUCUACUUGUCAUUAGUGUGUCAGGGAUUGCAGCAAUACUGAUAAUAGCAAUUGGAGCAUUAUUGAAUCUAUGGUGGCUAAAGAAACCAAAGAGUUCUGGUGGAACAGAGUUGAUGUCAAUGGCAAAAUAUGAUAGAUUUUCAUACUAUGACCUUUUGCGCUCAACUGAUAACUACAAUGAAAGCAAUUUGCUUGGAGAAGGGAGCUAUGGUUCUGUUUACAAAGGGAUCCUAAGCGAUGGCACUGUUGUGGCUAUCAAGGUCUUCAAUUUGCUAGCGGAAGAUUCAUUAAAAAGCUUUGAUAGAGAAUGCGAGGCACUAAAGAGUUUACGCCAUCGAAAUCUUACAAAAGUGCUCGGCUGCUGCUCUAACCCUGAUUUUAAAGCCUUGGUACUCAAAUACAUGCCCAAUGGGAGUCUUGAGAAGUGGUUGUACUCUCACAACCAUUUUUUAGAUAUGUUUCAAAGAAUAAACAUAAUGAUUGAUGUUGCUUGUGCAUUGGAAUAUCUCCAUUAUGGUUGUCAUACUCCUGUGGUACAUUGUGACUUGAAGCCCAGUAAUAUCUUGCUUGAUGAAGAUAUGGCUGCUCAUGUAAGUGAUUUUGGUAUAGCAAAAAUGUUUGGCCAAGGAGAAAGUAUUUUGUAUACCAACACCCUCGCAACACUGGGAUACAUUGCACCAGAGUAUGGAUCCGAGGGGAUGGUUUCGACAAGAAUCGAUGUAUACAGUUUUGGAAUAGUUUUGAUUGAAACUUUUUCCAGGAUGAAGCCUAGUGAUGAAAUGUUUUCAGGAGAUUUAAGCCUUAAAAGCUGGGUAGAAGAUUGUCUUCCUGAUGCAUUUCAAGUCGUUGAUGCGAACUUAAUAAGGCCAGAGGAUGAGCAUUUCACUCACAAGCUGAAGUGUGUUUUAUUGAUCAUGAAUUUGGCUCUAAACUGCUGUAGAGAAUCUCCAGGAGAAAGGAUGAACAUGAAAGAUGUUUUAGCAAAUUUGAAGAAGAUUAAACACCAGCUUCUUAUGACAGCAAGUGCUUAGCAAUUUUGUGCAAAUUUUAUCUUUCAAUAUAGAAGUUACUUUCCUUAUUUGUUUGCACUCAUGGCCUACUAUUUCUUGUAGCCAACUCUCAGACCUUGA